CGGACAUCAAGGAGGUAAGUGCGGAGUCGAGGGUGCUCUGCCCUAGUCCCGGCCCGCGAGCUGGGGGCGGGGUGCCGCAGGCGCGGGCCAUGGCGGACGCUGGCGGUUGGCGGCCGCCGCGCCCCUGCGAGGCCUACCGCGCCGAGUGGACGCUCUGCCGCAGCGCCAGACACCUCCUGCACCACUACUACGUCCACGGCGAGCGGCCCGCCUGCGAGCAGUGGCGGCGGGACCUGGCCAGCUGCCGGGAGUGGGAGGAGCGCCGCAGCGCCGAGGCCCAGCGGUCCCUCUGUGAGAGUGAGCGUGCCAGAGUCCAGGCGACACGGAAGCACGCCCUGGUGUGGACCCUGAGGCAGAGCCCUCCUGCGGACUGGCACCUCCCACUGCCACAGGAGGAGAAAGACCAGUGAUGAGCUUUCCAGAACGGCUUCCUCUGAUCUGUUUCAAGUGGGGCUGUGGCAGGACCUGAAGGAUGGUGACCAGCCCAAGCAGUCUAGUGGGUCCCUGAGAGUUUCCACUCAGCUUAGAACAUGAAGCCUGAGGUCUCCAGAUCUACUUGCCCACCCUGGACCUGGAUUCAGGGCGCCCUGCCACUGCCUGGCUCUGACAGACAACUUCACCCACUGCACAGCUUCCAGGCUGCCAAACACCACUGCGGAUCCCAAUGAGCAGCUGGGUCAGGCUGGUUCAUGCUACCCCCACGCGGGGACAACAGCCCUCUCAGGUAAACUCGAGUGGUAGCCCUGACCCAUGUGGACACACAAAUGGUUGUUCUGUGGUGAACACUCUCCCUGGUGCUGGCUUGGUGAGACUGCAUUGCCAGCCCCUGGUGCUUACACGGAGCUACAGCCCACUCAGUUCCUCUGCGGACACAGGUGGGGUGUUUCUUCUUGUACGAGAUAAACCUCUUGAAGACUCUGGGUUUUAAGAAAUGCAUACCAAAAAAAAUGCAUACAGCUAUAGAAUAUACAACCUCGCAUUAAAAGCGUUCAUAGACUCUUGGUUUAAGAAACCCAAACCCAAAACACGUGGAAUUUUGGUCUCUUGCUUUAAAAUUUCCCUUGGUCAGUUUUGUAGAUUAUAUCUAACAUAGAAAAUGUAGAUUAUAGCUAACACCAUUUGGCACAUUUGAUUUCAAAUAGAAGCUGAAAAUUAAACCACAAUUUAGUAGUUAAGAUUUUAGAUUCAGCACCUGACACUGUUCUGCUCGUAGUAUUGGAAUUUUGUAUACUUAACACACUUGUAGAUGUUUUUAAAAUAUAUGCAUAUGAACCAACAAGAACACUAUUCUUGAAGAGGCCUUUUUAUCACUAAUAAAACGAUUUGGUGGGAUGCCUGGAUGGCUCAGCUGUUGAGCAUCUGCCUUUGGCUCAGGGUGUGAUCCCAGAGUCCCAGGAUUGGGUCCCACAUUGGGCUUCCUGCAUGGAGUCUGCUUCUCCCUCUGCCUGUGUGUCCACCUCUCUUUCUCUGUCUGUCUCAUGAAUAAAUAAGAUCUUAAAAAAAAAAAAUUGGCAUCUCUUGACUGCAGAGCUGGCUCCAUGGUGUGGUGCUGAGGGUGAGGCUGGCUGUGCUCCCUCAGGCCAGCAGGAUUUUAGUACCUCCUUCACAGCUGGGCCCCAACCUGGCCACAGGCAGUGAGUCAGACAUCUUUUAACUCAUUCUUUGGGGCAAAAUAAUCCAAUCAAUUCAGAAGGGCAUACAAUAAAGAAUAGACUUUG